AUGGUUCCGAUGUAUCAGAAUGGGCACACGCCGAUGGCUCCGAUGAGCCUGCCGAUAAUGCCACCGCAGAUGGCAGCCGGACUGCCGGUUCAGCAGCCGAUUCGGCCGCAAUCGAUGAUUGUGCCCGGAAUGCACUCGACGCCGAUUCAACAUCACCAACAUCAGCCGAUGAUGAACGCUGGAACGCGGCCGGUGUCGAUGCCGGGCAACGCGGGCUUCUCGGUGCAAUUCGUGCCGGUCUGUCGCUACGAGGACUCGCAGGCGAUUCGAACGACGGCGUUCCACCCGUCCGGACAGUAUUUCGCGUUGGGCACCAACUCGAAGCAGCUGCUCGUUUGCAAGUAUCCCGAUAAGCGCGCGACGAGGCCCAAUGAAAUGAAGAGUGUCGAAGUUGCGCUCGCACGACCGAAACAACAUCGUGGUUCGGUGUAUUGUCUGGGAUUCAAUCCGAACGGCGAUCUACUUGCGACAGGCUCGAAUGACAAGACGCUCAGAUUGAUGGCAUUCAACGUCGACACGUGUCGAAUAGGCGCCGAAAUGGAAUUGAACUCGCAUGAUGGAACGGUGCGCGAUUUGAUUUUCAUCGACGACGUCGCGAAUCGCUCGACGAUUCUGGUGUCGGGCGGCGCUGGAAAUUGCCAUUUGAAUGUGACGGAUUGUAAUACUGGCAAGCUGAUUCAAUCGAUGCGCGGCCAUUCGGCACCAAUUCUUGGAUUGUUCUCAUGGUCGCAAACCCAGCAGUUCGUCUCGUGCUCGCAAGACAAAACGAUUCGAUUUUGGGACCUCCGCCAACCGCAGCCCAUCAACAUCAUUUCGCCGUCGACGAAUCGGGCUCACAGCGCGCCGGUGACGUCAGUCUGCGUCGAUCCGUCCGGAAAAUUGUUGGUGUCUGGUCAUGAGGACGCAUCUGUCGCUCUUUUUGAUAUUCAUGGGAAUCGAGUUAUUCAGACGUUUAGACCGCAUGGCGACGAAGUGAGAACUGUCCGAUUCAGCAAUGCUGCUUAUUACUUGUUAACCGCUAGUUAUGAUAAAAGGGUUGUUAUAACCGACAUGCGAGGCGAUCUAAUGGCUCCUUUGAUGUAUUUACCUGUUGCUGAGCAUUCUGACAAGGUUGUCCAGUGCCGCUGGCAUCCACACGAUUUCUCGUUUCUUUCUACAAGUGCUGAUCGAUCUGCUGUGCUUUGGGCUCUUCCGACUUCAAGAUAA